ACGAAAUGUUCCGAUAGAUAACAAUGUUUAGAGAAUUUUGGGUAAAUAUGUGAUGAUUUUAAACGACGCACAACAAACGAGCAAGUAAACGAGUCGAGCACCAAGAGGUCAGCGCCAGGAGGCCCCCGGAGAGGCCGCGCGGAAGACCACGUCAACGAUCUCGCUAAUAGAACCCAGAACACAUAGAACACACCAACCCACCCAUCUGCACACAGAAUGUAUUGCCUACAAUGCCUGUUACCCGUAUUACUGAUACCGAAACCCACGAAUCCGGCUCUCAUGGAAACCCACGUGAUGUUCAUAGUGCUCUACCUGGUUGGGUUCUUCCUGGAGCGAAAGCCCUGCACCAUCUGUAGCCUGGUAUUCCUCACAGCCGUAUCGCUAAUAUGCUACAGUGGCGUCGGAAACUGCAUCUUCUGGGGCAACUGCGAGGGUCAUCAGUGUGAGAAUGGCUAGAAGAUCAUCUCCCCCCAGAAAAAGCCCCCAUAGUCAUAGUCAACGAAGAGAUGAAGUGCUAAUAAUAAUAAUAACUACCUUAUUGUGGAAUUACGUUCGCGUUGUUACAGCUUUAUAGGAGAGAAAGAAAGAAAAAAAACAGGCGGAGAGGAUCAAGGA